AUGCCAUCUCACGAAGAAGGCGUUUCUCAUGAAAGAGAACCACUUAUUGAUGAUCAAACCCGUCGAGCUUAUGGUCCAUUUGGCUUUGCACCAGAACAACUUGGGAGGCUUGUAGAUCCCAAAAAUACUGACUUAUUAGAAGAGUACGGUGGUGUCGAAAAAAUUCUUGAAGGCUUGAAGGUUGAUCCAACCGUUGGUUUAAGUUCUGAUGAAGGGUUGGAAUCUGUCAGUACAAAAAAGAAUGCACGUCCUUUCAAAGAAAGACGAGAGCAUUUCGGAAAAAAUGUCUUACCUGAAACAACUCAACGUUCCUUUUUUUCAUUAGUUUGGGAAGCAUAUCAAGAUAGAACAUUAAUUUUGUUGAGUAUUGCUGCAUUGGUAUCCCUUGCAGUUGGUAUUGGCGAAGAUUAUUCUUCUAGACAUCCUGAAGGUGAACCACGUGUUGGUUGGGUUGAAGGUGCUGCUAUUCUUGCAGCUGUUGCAGCUGUUGUUUUCACUAACGCUAUUAAUGAUUAUCAAAAAGAAAAACAAUUCAGAAAAUUAAAUUCUAAAAAAGAAGAUCGUACCGUCAAGUUACUUCGUGAUGGGAAAGAACAACAAAUCUCAGUUUAUGAAAUUAAUGUUGGUGAUAUUUUGCUUCUUGAACCAGGAGAUAUUGUAGCAGUUGAUGGAGUCUUUUUGAGUGGUCAUAAUCUUAAAUGUGAUGAAUCAAGUGCCACUGGUGAAUCCGACGCAGUUAGAAAAGGCACAGUUGAAGAUGGACUGGAUCCUUUUAUUAUAAGUGGUGGAAAGGUUCUUGAAGGUGUUGGUAAAGCUGUUGUUAUCGCAGGGCUUCGUGGCGAGGGUAACGAGGAAACUCCACUUCAACAAAAAUUAGACCUACUUGCAGAACAGAUUGCAAAAUUAGGUGUCUCGGUUGCUUUAAUCAUGUUAAUGUAA